GGUGUGGGGGGGGCUGAGAUCUUUAUAAACAGCUCGAUGGCACAGUAAGGACCAUCAGCAGUUGGGUGACUAGAGGAAGACAGACGUCCAGCUCGACUAUCCAGUGUACCAUGGCCUCUCUCUCUCUGUACCUGGGACUGCUGGUGCUAUGCACCCUGGCUCUUGUACACUGUGACCUGAAUGGCGGCCCAGUCAGAGUGUAUGAUAUUCGUGCCUCCAACCUGAAACGAUGGCUAUUCAUAAAACCAAGCCCUUACGUCAAGGUGUGGUGCGGUUCAUCCUUUCAUGGCAAGAGCAACACUCUGGAGGAUCAGGAAAACCCCAUCUGGGCCGACCAGUUCAACUUUGCUAACAUCCUUCCCAACUCUGUCCUGACACUGGAGGUGUGGGAUGAUGUCAUCGGACUAGAUCACCACAUGGGAACCUGCAAAAUCACCAUCCGCCCGGGAACACACAGUGAGAUCUGCCAGCUGAAGAGAGGCACCGUCUACUACUCCUACAGCUACGGCUACGUCUACAGUUACUAGAUGGAACAGUUUGAUGAUUAGAUUGUAACCUAUGACCUUUGUCACCCUUUCACUCAUGUAUUAAAGCAUUUCGCUACACUCGCAUUAACAUCUGCUAACCAUGUGUAUGUGACAAAUACAAUUUGAUUUGUAUUCAUUUCCUUAUAGCAUUAAAAAAACGUGCUUCAUA